CUCUCCUCUCCUCUCCUCUCCAAGAGCAGCAGCAAUGGCGGCGGUGAAGAAGUACACGGUGGCGCUCUUCCUCGCCGUCGCCCUCGUGGCGGGGCCGGCCGUCUCCUACGCCGCCGAUGCUGCCUACACCCCGGCCGCCCCAGCCGGAGUCGCCGGGACACAGCCCAAGGCGACGACCGACGAGCAGAAGCUGAUGGAGAAGAUCAACGACGGCUUCAAGGCGGCCGUGGCGGCCGCAGCCGGCGUCCCUGCGGCGGACAAAUACAAGACAUUUGAGGCCACAUUCAGCGAGGCCUCUAACAAGGCUUUCGCGGAGGUCCUCAAGGGCGCCGCCGCCGGCCAGUACGCCGCCCAGUCCAGCUCCAUGGCCAAACUCUCCAGCAGCCUCGAACUCUCCUACAAGCUCGCCUACGACAAAGCCCAGGGCGCCACCCCCGAGGCCAAGUACGAUGCCUACGUCGCCACCCUCACCGAGUCGCUCCGCGUCAUCUCCGGCACCCUCGAGGUCCACUCCGUAAAGCCCGCCGAGGAGGAGGUCAAGGGGGUCCCCACCGGUGAGCUGAAGGCCAUCGAUCAGGUCGACGCCGCCUUCAGGACCGCCGCCACGGCCGCCGACGCUGCCCCGGUCAACGACAAGUUCACCGUCUUCGAGACCGCCUUCAACAAGGCCAUCAAGGAGACCACGGGCGGCGCAUACGAGAGCUACAAGUUCAUCCCGGCCCUCGAGGCCGCUGUCAAGCAGGCCUACGCCGCCACCGUCGCCGCCGCGCCGGAGGUAAAAUUCACCGUCUUUCAGACCGCCCUGAGCAAGGCCAUCAAUGCCAUGACCCAAGCCGAGAAGGAUGCCAAGCCUGCUGCCGCAGCCACCGCCACUGCCGGUGGCUACAAAGCAUGAACUCGCCAACACUACACAUCGAAUCAAUGAGCUUUAUUGAUCAAAGGUUUUGAUUACAAUCUUGCCAUAGAAAAUCGGCAAGGAAAGGGCGAUGUAAUUAAGCCGCAGGCAUCUAGGCCUUGACUCGCUCGGCGAGCGGUUUUCCUGAUGCAUGCUUCCUUCUUUGUAUUCGUUUCAUGCAGCCGCGAAUCGACCGCGUGUGCAUGCGCCUGUAUAACAAUGAAAUACAUAUCCUUAUGAAAUGUCAUCAUAUUUCAUAUGGUAUACAGUACUCUAUAUCGGAGCGAGUUUGAUGAUGUCAA